AUGUGCAAGUGGCUUAGCCAGUUGCUGCCAUCAGUCAUUGCUUGGUCUCUUAUAGUAGUAUGUACAACAUGCUAUUAUUACUUUCUUGGACCAGCUUUGUAUGAGAAAUGGGAAUGGAUUGGUCUCUCGUUAAUCAUAGCUGAUGUGAUAAUUUUCUUGUUAGUGAUGUCUAAUCUGGUGAUGGCCAUGUGUAUGGAUCCCGGCAUUCAUCCCAUUUCCAAAACAUCAGAAGAUCUAGCUGACGAUGAAUUUCGAUCUCCUUUGUACAAAAAUGUGGAAAUUAAAGGAAUAACUGUGCGUAUGAAAUGGUGUAUCUCCUGCAAGUUCUAUAGACCUCCUCGUUCAAGUCACUGCUCAGUCUGCAACAGAUGUAUAGAUACUUUCGAUCAUCACUGUCCUUGGGUCCACAACUGUGUUGGACGUCGUAACUAUAGAUAUUUCUUCUUUUUCCUCGUGUUUCUUAGCAUUCACAUGAUUUUAGUAUUUUCCGUCUGUAUAGCUUAUACUAUAACUAACAAUGGAGAAAUGCUGGAAAGACCAAACUUGUGCUCAAUCGUUCUACUUAUUCUAUGUGCCAUACUAGAAGUCCCUGUCGUUGGUUUGACCGUGUUUCAUAUAAUCUUGGUAUCAAGAGGACGAACUACUAACGAACAGGUUACGGGCAAGUUCCAAUCAGGAUAUAACCCUUUCACUAUUGGUUGUCUCAAAAACAUACAACGAACGUUAUUUGGUAGUCAACUUCCAUCGUUUGAGGAGUACGCGAAAUCGUCGAGAGCUAAGAUUGAUGCUCAAAAGAAGCGACUAGAAGAGUCUGCAGUUCGACGUAACGAUGUUGAAGAAGGUGAUGUGAACGAGACGACGAUUUUAUAUGUUCCGGAUAAAGAUGGGAAGGAAGGGCACAUUCGGUUGAAACAGUUGAAACUUGCCGACUCGCAGUCAGUUGGGACGGCGUUGUCUAUCGCGAAUGAAGACAGGAGCUCAAUCAAAGAGAGAAAUGGAUCAACAUGUAAUCUCUUCGAAUCAACACAAGGAUCUCCAAGAGUGAUGUCACCUCAGUUGAGCCCGUCGGAAGCUUACAAAGCUAGUUUGGAGGAAGCAACAAGAGGAGCCAUAUCUCCUGAGAAAGAGAAAGUGGCGAGUGCCAUAUUGAACGGAGACAGAAGUAAACCGAUGGGAUUCACUGAUGCCAUUCGAAUACACGAUCAAUUAAAUAGUCCAACACGUGCUGUAGCCUUAUAA